AUGUCAGGCGAGUGUAAACACAACUCCAGGAACAUGAAAAGAUCGGGUGACAGUGAGGGGGAGAAGAGAAGAAAGAGGAGGAGGUUACUGCAUGAGUUGGGGGACCAAAAGAUCCCUUUCCUUGGGCCAUCGGAUCGAGGCUUUCAGCAACUGUGGGACUCCAGUUACUCCGGCCUGGUGCUGAGGAGAUCUUGCUCGCUACCUGCGGAGCUCCACAGCCGGGUGCAGGCAGCUCUGCUCACCCUCAGAGGAAAGGGCUGCCUCCUGAGGGACCUGGUUCGCGUCCGUGACCGAGAUGUCUUCACCGCCGUCUCACGGGCCCUGCUGGGCGAGCCGGGCCACACCUAUCGCUAUCUGGACACGCGGCUCUUCGCCAUCCCCUGGCACAGCGAGGACCCUGAGGUCAAAGGACAGAACUGUUGUGACGCAGAUCUGAGAGCCGCGUGCAAAGCAUUGUGGGAGCUGAACACCUUUUUCUGCUCCGAUGUGUCUCAGCUCAAAGAGGGGGACAGGUUAACACACUGCGGGAAGGGAGAUGUGGAAGCCAAGCAAGGGGAAGAGGGGGACACUGAGUCAAAACACAGUGAAGACUCCAAGAAUAGUGAGGGAGGGGACUCAGAGUCCAGACAGAGCGAGGAGGGGGACACUGAGUCCAAGCACAGCGAGGAGUGGGACAUCGAGUCCAGACACAGUGAUGAAGGCUGUUCUGGGACAAAACAUGAAGGUGAGUGGGAGUCCGAGCUCAAACACAGCGCAGAGGAGGGAGAAUCCUCUCAAAGCAAACAGCACAGCGAAGGAAAAUGUCCCGCUUGGGGCACGAAGGACGUCAGCGGCACAGAGACAGAACCUGCGGGACUCGGGGCUCAGGAGAAACCUGUCACCGAACUGAAGCACAGCCUGUCGGAUUACCACAUACAAGACACGGACGAACCGACGAGCAGGCAGGGCUGCUCCCAGCCCAGCCCUCCACAGGUAUUCACAGGCCCGGUCAAGUUCAAUGUCACUUUGCUCAACUACAUGGACCCGGGAGCGGCCCCCCAGCUCAAAGAAGAGCCCUACUACGGCAUGGGGAAAAUGGCAGUGGGGUGGCACCACGAUGAAAACCUCAUCACUCAUUCCCCCGUGGCUGUUUACAGCUACAGCUGUCAUAAUGACAAAGGUGAGAGCGGUGAGGGAGGCAGCGGCGAGAAGGCGUGCUGGAGGAUCGGGCUGAAGGUGGCCUGGGACAUCCACACACCUGGCCUCAUCCUGCCGCUGGAGUCUGGAGACUGCUACUACAUGAGAGAUGACCUGAACAGCACACACCAGCACUGCGUCCUUGCCGGCGAAGCCGCGCGCUUCAGCUCCACGCACAGAGUGGCCGAGUGCUCCAGUGGGACCCUGACCUACAUCCAGUCGCGGUGCCAGGAGGCCCUGUCCAACCUGCACACUGACCCCGAGACGGGCUCCCACAGCCUGCUGGCCCUGCUGCCGACGACGCUCCAGCACUGUGAGGAGAUUCACAAUGAGGUGGAGUUCGAGUGGCUGCGGCAGUACUGGUUUCAGGGCCAGCGUUACGCCCGCUUCUGCAGCUGGUGGAGCAGCCCGAUGGAGCAGCUGGAGCGGGACUGGAGGCUCAUGGAGACCAUGACGAUGCUCUUCCUGGCUACGGUGGAGGAGGAAGGCCGAGCUGGGGAGGGGAGGAGGGAGAUGGCAGAAACCCUGCUGUCUGCCUUGACAGACAGACACCAGCAGAGACAGACAUGGAGAGACAGGUGCCACUCCAGUCUGGCCCAGACGUUGCCCCCCGAGGAGGCCCCGGUGGACCGGCCCUUCUGGGGCGUGGACGACCCCAGCAUGCCUCUGCCCUUUGAUCUGGCAGACAUCAUCAACAGAGUGGAGUCACUGCUCUGGAGGAUGUGAAGGAUGGGCAGAGGAGGCACGAGGAGAGGAGAAACCCACCAGCUAUUCUGAAUGGUCCCCACAUCAGCCGAGGGGACGAACCACUGAUGACACCUUCUGUUGUCACUCCGCCCAGAUUGAUUUCCUUUCGAUUGGAGCAUCUACACCCUCGUCCUCCCUCCUACUCACCCCCCACCACCCUCCGCUACCCCCCCAACCCCGGCCCGGCCGGCGCCCUGACCCGCCACGGUCACCAACUUGACCGUGGCUGGAUUCGAAAUAGCCCUGUCUUAUACACACACACACACACACACGCACACGCACACGCACACAUACGCACACACACACACACACACACACACACACACACACUUACACGCCAGUAAAUCCAGAAUAGCGCUUCAGUAACAUGCUAACUACGCAAAAAGGCUUAGCGCCAAGCUACUAGUGUCACAACGGUCUAAUGAAGCAUACCUGCAUUUCAGUGUUAGCAUACAUUGUACAACUAUUUAUUAUUUCAGUGUACUCUGUUACUUAAUCUCAUGUAACCCAGUCAUGCUUUUAUCAGUGGAUUGACUCAUUCUCGGUAGUCACAGUACAGCACAUACAUAUAUGCUUUCUACUCGUCACACAGUGUUAUGAUACAGUAUAGAAUGGUAAGAAAACUCAACUUUGCUCGACAUGGUGUUCAUUCUUCAUUUGUGUACAGUGUAGCUACCCCCACCCCUCCACCCCCCCCCUCCUCUCACACCACCCUUUGUUUUUAUUGUGUUCAGAAGGGGAACGAGCCUGAAGAGACCAAAGAAAGAUUAGGAUCAGAAAGUUAUGAAUGUCACCCAACGGAGAACAUGAAGAAUGUGAUGUUUGCUGUGUGUGUGUUUUUUUUUUUUUUUUUUUUUUUGCGUGCUUGUGCCAUAUCGACUCGUGUGUGUGUGUGUGUACGUGAAGUCAUGUCAGUAUACAUGUCAUACAUCCAGCCCGUCUGAAUGUGUACGAAUGUGAUAAUGUGUGCGUGCGGGUGUGUUUGUGUGUGUGUGUGUGUGUGUGAGAGAGAGAGAGAAAGCCUGUAGGCAGCCUGCCAGUUGUUUGUUCUUGAAGAUGUGCAUAUGGAGAAAGAGAGACGAGCGGCGGGGCCCCCGUGCCUCUUGCUCUGAUGAAAGGCAGCACUGAUAGAAUGACCCGGAACACAACCGCCGUUUCUCAUAAUUACAGCUGUUCAAUCGCUUUUAAUUACUCUUAAAGUGUGUAGAGCACCACAUUCCCCUGUUAUGCUGCAGGCCAUCCGAGCGAGCGAGAGAAAGAUCCGGCGCUUCUGACAAAAAAAAAAAAAAUCCACUUUCAAAAAAAAAAAAAAGCUAGAAAGGGUGGAAAAAGGGGGCCGA